GGCUGUUGUAGGGCGCUGUGAGGCGCGGGGCCCCGCGAUGUUCCGCGGGCCCUAAUAUGGGCACCAGCGGCUCCAAGGGCCGGGGGCUGUGGCCCUUCUCGGCGCCAGCGGCGGCUGCGGGGCCGGGAGGCAGCCCCGAACUCACAGAAGCGGCCCGAGCCCAGCACGCCUUGGCCCGGGCUCGGGGCCUCCGCACCGCGCAGCCCUUCGUGUUCACCCGCCGCGGUUCCAUGUAUUAUGAUGAAGAUGGUGACCUGGCCCACGAGUUCUAUGAGGAAACAAUUGUCACCAAGAAUGGGCGGAAGCGUGCCAAGCUGAGGCGGGUGCAGAAGAACCUGAUCCCUCAGGGUAUUGUGAGGCUGGACCACCCUCGCCUCCACGUGGAUUUCCCAGUGAUCAUCUGUGAGAUGUGAGCCCUGCAGCCCCUUCCUGCCCACGCCCCAAGUCUGUGGGGUGGUGGGUAUGGACAUCUGGGUAGGAGGAGGGGCAGCAGGGCCCAGAAAAGGCCUUGGCUGGGGAAAACUCCCCACUUCCUUGGCAGGGCAUCCCAAGCUCAAAGCGUGGGUCCUGAUGAAAGGGGCCUGGCUUAAAGUAGCCGCCCCAGAAUGAACUCCAUCUGACAGGGGCCCCUUAGUGGGCUGUAUUUUUUCAUCUGCAAGCCAAGGGAUGAGGAAGCUGGGUGCUCAGUUCUGUUUCUUCCACAGUACUGGGUGGUAUCAGUUUGAGGGGGGGGGUCAAGGGAUAAAGGAUGUUUGGCUUGGCUCACUGGUAUGGAUUUUCUCUAGGCUCUUGAGUGUCUGGGUAAAGGAAGGGGGUAGGAUACUCAGUUUCUCUUCCUGGACCCCAAAGCCCCACCCUACCCUCCAACAUCUAGAGGAGUGUCAGGAAAUAAAAACUGGGUGAAAGCUCAGGCCAGGAAUUUCAGGGUACAAAUUUUCCUUCCUUCUGACCUCAACCACCCCGGCCCUCCCCUCCUGCCCAGUUUCCUCCUAUCGUGUGCCUCCCUCUGCCCAGCCUGAGGGGCAGGGGCAGGAGAGGCCUGGGGCUCUGUCACUGUUGGGGAAACUAGGGGCCACAGCACUUUAUGAGCGGGGUCUCCUCUUUUCCUGGCCCUUCCCCUUGUGUCCCAUUGGGUUGUGGGGCUGGCCAUGGGGAGCUUUGCUAUGCACAAGCAGAACCCUCCUUUCUCCUUCCCUUCACAUUUCUGAGCAUUUCAGCCGUUUGCUACCUCGAUUCCUCCACCCCCGAGGGAGGCUGGUCUCAAUGAAUCUCACCACCACCCCUGAACCCCUCCUUCUGAGCCCACAAUUAGUUCAGCCUGCUGGAACUGGGGGGAAUUAGAAGGCCCCCAUAUCUGGGAUGAGUUUCACUUCCUACACUGUGAUCCUCCCUAGACAUUUCCCCACCCCCACCCAGCGACCCCCACAGAUAUACCUGGACCCUGAGGGUAUGUUUGGAAACUGAAGGGGCAGUGAAUCUUCUCAGUGGAAACCUUAGUCCUGGGAGAAAAGCAGAGACCUUAAGGAUAUGGGGGAGAGGAUCCUUGCCCAGCAUUCCUGCUCAGCUGCCUAAGAAGCUUUUUUGGUUCUCACACCAACCCUUUCUUGGGAGAAGAAGGGGGAGUUUCCACACACUACACUUGCUGUGUCCUUCAGGCCUGUGCCCAGUGGCUCUGGAGAGCACAUUCUCAUCCAGCCCCCCACAGGCAUCUUUGCUAACCUGGCAAACUUACCCAGAUCUCUUUAGUAUCCCAGCCCCUCUCACCUGGUACUGUGCUGGCCCAAACCCUCCCCCAAGCUGCUCACCUGCUAGUGGGCAAGGGCAACUGGGUCCAACCUUCUGCUCUCCAGGGUCUGACUGGGCAAGGGGUGGGAUAAGGAGACCACAGAAGGGAGAUUUACAAUGUGAAGGUUUGUAAAUAGUAUAUCUAUGUCCAUGAUAUUGUUGAAGCAGAACUUCAGUCCGUUUACUUUUUAGGAUUACUUUUUUUAAUUCCUUCUGUGCAAACUGUGCUUUUAGUGUGAAUGUGGCAGAGAGACAGUCUGGGGCAGAGGUGAUAAUAGAGGGAGAAGAGCUGGUUGCUCUUUUCUCCCAGCCCAGGCUGGUAUGCCCUUUUGUUCAAUUUAAAUAAAAUUAUUUGUAGAUCCCAA